UUAUAAAGUUAUGGAUGUUUCAUUAAAUCAAACCGAUGACACAUGCAGAUGUUGCCUAAAAAAUGGACAUUUAAUCUCAUUAUUUGAUGAAACAAUUUUUGAGGAAGUUGAGAUUUAUAAAGCAGUUACCCAAAUAGUACCAAUUACAAUCAACAGGAAUGAUGGAUAUUCUCAAAAUAUAUGCAAUGAUUGUAAGAAGCAAGUGGAAGAAUUUUACAAUUUUCGUCAAAUGUGUAUCAGCUCAGAUGAGUUCCUUAAAUCAAACCGUCGUCCAAUUAGUCGUAAUAAUGAGCAUGAUUACUCAACGUUAAUUGAUGAGUAUGACAUGGAUUUGUCAGAAUAUUUAAUUGAGGGAUCUACACUCAAGGAUGAGACAACAGCUGAAGAAUUGAUUUUAGAAACAGAAGUGAUAGAAAAUAGCACCGUACCCGUCUUAGAUGAAACUCAAUUGAAUUUUAAUGGACCAUUAAGCAAAAAUUUGAAAAGAAAGAGUUAUGCUUGUCCAAUAUGUCAUAAAUUAUGGAUAACUCCAUCCAAACUUAAACGUCACAUGAGCAGUCACAAAAACAUUGAAAAGUCAGCUGCUGCUUCUUCAUCUCAACACUAUCACUGUACAAUUUGCAAUUCCGUCCAAGAUUCAACAAUUAAACUAGCUCAGCAUAUGACAACUCAUUCAAACCCAGCAGAAAGCACAGGAUCUGUUGACAAAUGCACCUGUAGAGUUUGUGGAUUAGAGUUCAUGUCAAUGCCUAAACUACAGAAUCACAUGAAAGCUCAGCACCUGCGAAAUAUUUCAAUAAUCUCUACUGAUAGCAUAUCCAAUGAAGUGCCUGAUAAAAUGAAAACAUCCUUGGAGACUAGAAGAAGUGACAUUGGAGACGUCAACACAACAUGCUUUGAAUGUAACAAACGAUUCGCAACUCCUUCAAAACUUCGUCGUCAUACGAAAAUCCACACAAGAUCUGACAAAAAGCCCCCGCCUAGACCAGCAAGACCGAGAAGAUAUGAAUGUCUUGUUUGCGGAAAAAAGUUUGAAUCACCAUCGAAGCUCAUGCGUCACAUGUCAGUUCAUCGUGAUAUGGCGAAAAGUACUACACCAUCAUCUGAAACAGCCUUAGAAAUCUCAACGGUUGAUUUUUCGUGUUUCGAUUUUCCAUCAGAAAUUUGGGGAAUUUUACCUCCAGUGGAUAUCAUAAUUAAGGUGUCAAUAGUGGCUCCUUUAGCUAUAUUUGGAAUAAUUGGGAAUAUCCUUCUGAUUUGCACAAUCCUUGGGGAUCGGUCAUUAAAAUCUCCAACUAAUUAUUUAAUAGCCAAUAUGUCAAUAUCAGAUUUAUGUACCUUAUUGUUCUCACCAGCUUUAGUUCUGUUGCAUGAAAUAUUCCAAAACUAUAAAUUAGGGAUUGUUGGAUGUAAAGUUGAAGCUACAAUUGAAGUUUCAUUUUUAAUCACUUCCGUCAUCACCUUAUGUUUUGUCAGCUAUGAACGUCUAACAGCAAUCGCCUUUCCAAUGCAAGCCAGACUGACACUUCAUGACACAAAAGUUGUGAUUGUUGCUUCCUGGAUUUGUGGAUUAAUUCUUUCAUCUCCAUUAGCAAUUUUUAAAAAUUACACAGAACGGCAAUGGAGAAACUUCCUGGAAGCAUUUUGUUCUGAAAAUGUAAAUGUACUGCCACUUUACUGGCAUGUGAUUAUUGUUGCAUUAGUUUGGAUACCUUUGGUGGUUCUUAUUUUCUGCUACACAACAAUAUUCAUUAAGCUUGAUCAGUACGAAAGAGUUCGCAAAAGACGUGAUCAUCCGCUGACUAUAAGCUACAAAAGGAAGUUUGCUAAGACAUUAUUUAUUGUUGUGGUAACGUUCUUUGUGCUGCGUAUUCCAUUCACAACAUUUGUAUUCAUGCGCUCAUAUAGACUACAAAGUUCUGAAAUCAAUUCUGUGGAUGGAAUUCAAAGAAUUCAUUGGUACAUCUCACGUUACUUAAUCUUUCUUAACUGUGCAUUAACACCUUGCGUCUAUGGACUAACGAAUGAAAAUUUCCGACGAGCAUUCCGUCGCUCAAAGUGUCACAAAUAUUUCUGCAUGUGUGCACCUGGAAGUAUAUCCAAAACAGUUGCAGUUUAUUCAAUCAAUCAUCAAGAUCCACAAUCGCACAUGCAGGAACCAAGAUCAAGAAAUCCUGCUGCAAAUAAUAAAAUGUUCAGUCAAAGUUGGUUCAAAAGUGGAAAGCUGUCGAGGUUUACAACAUCUAAAAACCAAAAUGCAGCAACAAGAACACAAGAUAAAUUUCAAACAACGGAUGUAUACAUGUGA